AUGGCUUCUGAGGCUGCUCAGAAUUUCCUUCAACCACUGUCUUCUUGGAUGUCUCAAAUAUAUGAAGCUAUCCAACAAGCAGGAGACUCUAUAUCUGCUUCACUGCUGAAUUUGAGUGGAGCAGGUCGUAAGUCAGGAGAAGAAAAGAACCAGGACUUGGAGAAUAACGGAAUUUAUGAGGAUUAUUCUGAGGAAUCAGAUGAUGAACGACACCUGGACCUCUGGGAUGAGGAAUACUUGUAUCCUAGAGAAGAUGGUCACAUUGGGGGUCCUGAUCUUGCUUCACAAGACCUCCCUGAUGGCUCUGACAUGCGUCUGCAGAGGCAAAAACGGGUUAAAAAUACCAGCAGAUUACCAGAGCAGUGUGUUGAAAGCACCAGGUCUUUGACAACUGAUGGAUCCUACUGGACGAAUGAAGAUCUUCAGCCACCGCUUGAUCGACUUCCUCCCAUCGCUGAGGAAGAAGGUGAGCCCUCUAUGAGGAUGGGAGGUCACGAGCUCAACCUCAGCUUGGGUGGCUCCUUAAAAUGUAAUAAUGGCAAGGCAAGUUUUGCAGUAAACAGUUACAGGGAGGAUGAAGAGCAGACAGCAUCUUCAGGCAGCAAUGAUGAGGUGAUUAAGCAGUUUGAGAUCUCUGUGUCGCGCUCACAAAGUUUUCGAUCCGAAGUAUUUGAAAAAGCAACACCAGCAGGCGUGGAGCAUAGACGCAAAUUCAGACGUUUACCCUCCAGCCACAAGGAGCACAGUACAGAGGUAUCUGAAUGCAAAG